UCCACAGCCACCAUGAACAGCAAAGGUCAAUAUCCAACACAGCCAACCUACCCUGUGCAGCCUCCUGGGAAUCCAGUAUACCCUCAAACCUUGCAUCUUCCUCAGGCUACACAUUAUACUGAUGCUCCACCUACCUACUCAGAGUUCUACCGUCCGAGCUUUGUGCAUCCAGGAGCUGCCAUGGUCCCCACCAAGUCGGCUACAUUUCCUGGAGCCUCUCUGUAUCUUCCCAUGGCCCAGUUUGUGGCUGUUGGGCCUUUAGGUUCCACAAUCCCCAUGGCUUAUUAUUCAGUCAGUCCCAUUUAUCCACCUGGCUCUACAGUACUGGUGGAAGGAGGAUACAAUGCAGGUGCCAGAUUUGGAGCUGGGGCUACUGCUGACAACAUUCUUCCUCCACCUCCUGGAUGCCCUCCCAAUGCUGCUCAGCUUGCAGUCAUGCAGGGAGCCAAGGUCCUCAUAACUCAGCGGAAGGGGAACUUCUUCAUGGGUGGUUCAGAUGGUGGCUACACCAUCUGUUGAGGAACCAAGGCCACCUUUGUGCCAGGGAAGACAUCAUAUACCUUCAGCACUUCUCACAAUGUAACUGCUUUAGUCAUAUCAACCUGAAGCUGCAGUUUAGAUACACAUUGUUGGGGUGUCUUUCUGGUGCCCAAACUUUCAGGCACUUUUCAAAUUUAAUAAGGAACCAUGUAAUGGUAGCAGUACCUCCCUAAAGCACUUUGAGGUAGGGAAGGUAUCCAUUCAUAAAAUGAAUGUGGGUGAAGCCGCCCUAAGGAUCUUCCUUUAAUUUCUCUGGAGUAAUACUGUACCAUACUGGUCUUUGCUUUUAGUAAUAAAACAUCAAA